AUGGAUGGCCAUGGAUCCGACCAGGCCCGCGUCAUUCGCAUCGUCCGAGCCUUGCGGCUUUUCAGAGGUCUGAGGGUCUUGGUGCACGCUUGCUGCUCCUUCCUUCCAUCUCUCAGUUGGUCCAUGGCGCUUCUGAGUCUGUGUAUGCUGUCUGGCGGUCUUCUCAUGGGCAAUUUGUUGCAGGACUUCAUCAAUGAUGAGUCGCAGGAAUUGGAACAUCGUCUAUGGAUCUGGGAGCAUUAUGGCACCUCCUACAGAGCCAUCUAUACCAUGUAUGAGAUGACCUUUGCUGGAAAUUGGCCCAUCUAUGCGCGGCCAGUGCUUGAGAACGUCAGCCAUAUUUUUGUGUUGUUUUACAUUACGUACAUUACAUUCAUUGUCUUCGCGGUCAUCAGGGUCAUCACCGCCAUUUUUUUGCGCGAAACCUUAGAGGCGGCGAACAAUGACGCCGAACUCAUGGUACAGGAAGGGCUUCGCCGGAAGGCAACAUACAUCCACAAAUUGGAGAGUAUUUUCAAUGCCGUGGAUGAGAGUCAAGAUGGCUUGCUGAGUGAGGAUGAAUUGAAUGAACUCUUCAGGGACUCUCGAGUGAUGACAUAUCUCGAGACCCUUGAUAUUGAUGUGCAGCAGUCAGAAGCUCUUUUCCAUCUGUUGGCCAAUGGUCACGGGGAAAUCACCUGUGCGGACUUUAUCGAUGGCAUUUUGCGGUGCAAAGGACCUGCAAGAGCCAUUGAUCAGAUCUUGAUGCAGAAAGAUCUCCGACAUUUGGCAGAACGAGUCAGGUACUUGACCGAAGCCUUGGAGAAAGAGAAGGUCAUUCCGAAGAGGGUCACCAAGAAAGGAAAGAAGAUGAUGAGAAGCAGGCGCUCCAGGCUUGCUGAUGAGCUUGUGUUUUUGGGCCAGACCGGUCGCACUGACACUCAACGGUAUACCUCCUGA